AGCGGCCGAACGUGACGGUGCCGUUCUCGCAGACUUGCUCUGGCCGUCAAACAAAGACGUCAUUGACAAUUAGUGCGCCCACGAGGAAACGGGCACUCCGAGAUGGCCGGUGCGAUGUUGUUCGAGCGGGCCCAGGCGGUGUCGGUGACAGAUCGCAGCGAAGGUAUCUCCUUGCUCAACGAGAUCGUAUCGGACCCGAGCAUCGGCGUCGCGGAAGACGAUGAAGACAACAUCCGCGUGAAGGAGCAGGGUAUCCUGCACCUGGGCGAGCUCUACAAGAAGGAGGGCAAGGCGAAAGAGCUGGCCGAGCUCAUCAAAGCCACCAGGCCGUUCCUCAGCCUCAUCAGCAAAGCGAAAGCAGCCAAGCUCGUGCGUUCCUUGGUGGACUUCUUCCUAGAUCUAGAAGCUGGCAUUGGUAUUGAGGUGCAGUUGUGUAAAGAAUGCAUAGAAUGGGCGAAGGAAGAGCGCAGAACGUUUUUAAGGCAAUCAUUAGAGGCCCGCUUAAUAGCCCUUUACUUCGACACGGGUAUGUUCAGCGAAGCCUUGCAGCUGGGCUCUGCUCUCCUGAAGGAGCUCAAGAAGCUCGACGACAAACAGCUAUUAGUAGAGGUUCAAUUGUUAGAGAGCAAAACAUAUCAUGCUUUGAGCAAUUUAGCAAAAGCUAGAGCCGCACUCACCAGUGCCAGGACAACUGCCAACGCGAUCUACUGUCCGCCCAAGAUGCAGGCGGCUCUGGAUCUACAAUCUGGGAUAUUGCAUGCCGCGGACGAACGAGACUUCAAGACUGCUUACUCUUACUUCUACGAAGCCUUCGAAGGGUAUGACAGUGUUGAAAGUCCCAAGGCCCUGACGGCGCUCAAGUACAUGUUAUUGUCCAAGAUCAUGUUGCGCACCCCGGAGGACGUACAGGCCAUCAUGUCCGGCAAACUGGCGGUGAAGUACGCGGGCUUGGAUCUGGAUGCGAUGCGCGCGGUCGCUGAGGCCAGCCAUCGGCGAUCAUUGGCGGAUUUUCAGAAGGCGGUCAAGCAAUAUCGGCAGCAGCUCGAGGACGACGUGAUCGUGCGCGCACACCUCGGUUCCCUAUACGACGCUAUGCUGGAGCAAAAUCUGUGCCGUUUAGUCGAACCUUACUCGCGAGUCCAGGUGAGCCACAUCGCCUCGUGUAUAUCUCUACCAUUGGCGCAAGUAGAAAAGAAACUGUCGCAGAUGAUACUGGACAAAAAGCUCCGCGGAGUCCUCGACCAGGGAGAGGGCGUCUUAAUCGUUUUCGAAGACACACCCCGCGACAAGACUUACGAGAUUGCGCUGGACACGAUACACAGCAUGGGAAAGGUCGUCGACACGCUCUACCAGAAAGCGAAGAAACUCACCUAGCCUUAUUCAAUAUGUAUUUAUACAAGGAGAAAUUUACCACAAUGAUUAUAACCGUUUAAUAAUUAGUUACCUUCAUUAAACAUGGUUGAUUAACUGUAUCUCUCCGUAAUAAUUAACAAUGACGACACUCGAGUGUCGCUGCGAAAGGAGUGCUCAUUUAUCCGAUAUGUUCUUAAUAGAGUUGCUUUUAUCGACAAAUAGAGAUUGUUUGAGAAGAACUGUUAAAUAUGAAAUAAUGAAUUCGCUUGAGGUUCCGCGAACAAGUCUCCCCCCCCCCCCUUGAUCUAGCGUUCUCGAAGUUAUUUUUCGUAAAUGUUCCUCGGAAGAAGGAGGGACGAGCGAAGCGAGGUGAAAGUGUCAUAAUGUCGAAAAAAUCGUGAAAUAUAACAAAACUAAAAGAAC